CAAAUCCAUCCUCCUCGCGUUUCUCCGCCCAGCCCGACCCCGCUCCACCAAUCCCCCAUCCCCCGAUCCUCGCCAGCGGCGGCCGGCGAUGGCGGCGAGCAACAUCGGGAUGAUGGACGGCGCCUACUUCGUCGGGCGCAACGAGAUCCUCGCGUGGAUCAACACCACGCUGCAGCUCGGCCUCUCCAAGGUGGAGGAGGCGGCGUCGGGCGCGGUUGCGUGCCAGCUGAUGGACGCGGCGCACCCGGGGGCGGUGCCGAUGCACAAAGUGAACUUUGACGCCAAGACGGAGUACGAGAUGAUCCAGAACUACAAGGUCCUGCAGGACGUGUUCAAUAAGCUAAAGAUCACCAAGCACAUUGAGGUGAACAAGCUCACCAAAGGGAGACCUCUUGACAAUCUGGAGUUCAUGCAGUGGAUGAAAAGAUAUUGUGAUUCUGUCAACGGUGGGUUCAUGACCAGCUACAAUGCGUCUGAGAGAAGGGAAAACAGCAAAGGUGGAAAAGAAACCAACAGAAGAACAUCAGUGCCCUCUCACACGCCAGCCAAGUCCGCAUCUGCCGGUCACAAGGCUCAAGCUUCAUCUCAUGGUGCUGCUAAGCGUGCAAGUGCAAGUGGACAAGCUCCGAAUGCACCACAACGUGGUGCUAAGCCAUCACCUGUCAACUCAGGUGGACCAGCUUAUGAUGAACAGAUCACUGAGCUGAAGCUCCUUGUUGAUAGCCUGGAGAAGGAGAGAGAUUUCUACUUCUCCAAGCUGCGGGACAUCGAGAUCUUGUGCCAGAACCCUGAGGUUGAGCAUGUGCCGGUCCAUGCUAUCCAGAACAUACUCUACACAUCAGACGACGACCCUGCAGUAGUGGCUGAAGCUCAGGCGAUGGUGUCCCAGCAGCAGAACCAGCAACAGCCUCCGGCGCUGAGCCCCAUCCUGGAGAUGUCCGAGGAGAGGCCGAAGCAAGAGAUGGCGAACAAGCGGAAGAGCAUUUCGGACCUGGAGGAGUUUGGGAUGGCAUCCAGCUCACGACAGAGGCUCUCCGACAUCUCAGACGUGCAGCUGUGUGGAUCCCCGCUGACGAGUUUCAGUUGAAGCAUUUACCAUUGCUACAAAAUCGGACGCGUCAUUGCUGUUAUGACCGACCUCUGGUCUUUUGUAGACAGUGAAUCUUAUCUCUGUUGGAUUGGUUUGUGGAUUCGUCUGGUGCAUUGUCGUGUGCCCAUUUGCAAGGUAGUAUAUUGACCCUACUCGUUAUCCGCCGCAGAAUUUGUGGCCACUUACUACAAAUUAGUCAUAUAUUAUGAUCUACCUAAGGUUGUAUUACCAGUUGCUUCUAUGACUAUCGGAUUGAACUGUUGUGUCCUUUGGCAA